ACAAUUCCUUUAGUGUAAGCUACACGAUAAUAUGUCGGACAGGCAAUCAGUUUCACUAAAAUAUACCAGUCCCAUCCCCAAGGGAACUAACCUGUGACAAUAACCAUUUUCUGAACAAUGACGAAUUUCUCCGGCUUCUCCCUGAUCCACAUUGACCUGAACCCGGCGCUGGAAUACUUGAUCAAGAAUUUCUCCGUCAAGAAUGGAGCAAUAGCAGCCGCUGCGGGGAGCCCUCUGCUCAUCGCCGGCACCAUCUGCAUAGCCUGGGCCUACGGCCACCGUGCGUGGCGAAUGAGAAAAGAACCUCCGGCGGUUGCGGCGCCCGUCUUCACGCGGUCAAUCUCCCUGGGUGCUUUACACGGCGGCAGAGUCGCGCUAGAGAGGCUGCUUGAUUACCACACCAUCCGGGCCGAUGCCGCCGCUCUUGAAGCUGCCGAAGAUGAGUUGAGGGCCCAAAUCGUUGAGCCCAAGCCCCAUUUCAAGAAGCUCCAGAGCGCAGUUGCGAAAUUUGAGAUGAGUGGUAAGGAAGCGGUGGCGAUUGCGAUCCUAGAGAAGGAGCUGGAAAGAGCCAAGUUUUAUAGACGGUCGCACGAGCUUUAUGAAAUCGAGAUGUUGCUCGUUGAACUGUACAUCUACAAGGGAGAUCUCAAGAAAGCUUUAGCUUGCGAUUGCUUAACCCACACGGAAAUUUCUGAUGCUCGACGCCCGCUUUACAAGGCGGUCAUUUAUAUCAUGUUGGGAAACAACGUGGAAGCCCGGCGGUUGUGGGAAGAAUUUAGGAGCAUUCGGUCGGAAUUUGAGUUCCCGCCGGGGAACGAGGACGAAGUCCGGCUGGUGAAUGAAGUGAUCGAAGAUUUCAGCCAGUUUGAGAAAGUGGUGAAGUUGGUCCAGAAGGACAUCCAGGCGGCACAAGCACGAAGAUCCUAGGAGAUCGAACGAUCCAGCUGGGUGUAUGUAUAUAUAUGCUUUGAUGUAUGAUGCACUAUUGUAUCUAUCCCUAGUUCUUCUUUUCUUUAUCAGUGUGGCGUUCUAUAUAUGUACCUAUUGUCUAGUCUACCCUUUGAUCAUGUCUAUCAAAUACUUAACUGGCGUUCUAUAUAUGUAACUUUUUUUUAAUCCAUGCAAAGAAAUUAACAUGAAUUAAAAAAAAUAAUACUGGCGGUUUUGGUGAUAAAAGUGAAAAUAUCGGUGUUUUUUUAAACAAAAUAUUAUCAUAUUGAUUUAUAGAAAGAUCAGAGAUUACACCUUGUACCGUAUUCAGGACACAAAAAUCAAAGAUACGACACGAGGUCGGAGGCAAAGAAAGGGCUUUCCGAGCCAUAAGGUGGGUCACCUUAUUGCAAAUUCGACCUACAAAUCGCACAUGAAAACUACUAUGAAGAGCCAACAUAUGGAGAAUUUCCUUAAUAAUAACCCCAACACGACUAUCCCGUGCAUCUUUGGCAUUAAUUUUGUCAAUGAGCACCUUAACAUCACCUUCAAAUUGAACCUGAGCAAGUCCAAAGUCCGGACACCACUAAUAACUUUCAUGGAGGACAAUUGUCUCAACCAUAAGGGUCAUCCAUAUUCACGAAAAACAACCAUAUUCCUAUGCAUAACCUUGUGGUGAGUGUACGUGGGCACCGGGUCGUGCCGCCCACGGGUUAGCACGGCACGACACGAGCACGGACACGAAAUAAAUGGGCCAGCCCAGCACGAGCACGAAUAAUUUAUGGGCCGUGCUGGGCCUUAACUUCAUGGGCACGGGCACGACACGAUAUAUAAGUGGGUCGUGUCAGGCUUUAUAUUUUUGAGACUUUAUUGAGUAUAAAACGGACAUGGCACGAAAAUAAUAUUUAUUUGAUAGAAAAUAAAUAUAAAAAGAAUUAUAGGUUCAAAUAUUACAAAACACAAGUAGAAAAAUAAUUAUUUGUUGUUGUUAGAAGUGUCAUAAAGAUAUAAACGUAAUUACAAACAUAAGUAAAAAUGGACAAAGAAUUAAACAAAGCUAUUAUCGGUUAAUACUAUCUUUCUCCGUCCAAUUUUUACCCUAUUUUUUCAUUCUCUCUUUUGUUUUCGUCAUUCUCAUUAAACACGAAUACGAGCAUGGCACGAGCAUGAAUAGGCACGACACGAUUCGAACCGUGCCUGGGCCUGAGCCGGGCCUAGCAAAAUUAACAAAUGGGCUUGCAUGGCACGACACGAAAACUGACGGGCCGUGCCAAGCACGACACAAAAUAAAUGGGCCCGAACGUGCCCGUGAUGUCCCCGCCCAAGCACAGCCCAACGCCCAUGUACAGUGGUGAGAAAACUUUUAAUUUUCUCCCCUUAAUCUUUAACAGACGAUUUCUCACUCGUAGGAGUAUACAUUAUGGACCACAAGAUACCACCAUAUACGAGUGUAGUAUUGGGUGGUAUUGUGUGAUAUUUUUUUAUCUUGUAUUUUGUUCACCCAGAAAUUUAUAGAUCCAAUAGAUCAUAAUGAACUCGUUACUUCUGUGCCAAUAUUUUCCAAAAACGCCUAAAAAAUAAAUAAGAUACCAUAUGGUAUGCAGUUGGUACGAGAGGCAAGAAAUUUUUUUCUCAAAAAAUAUUGAAAAUGGAUCUCAUUUUGUAGAGCUUAACAAACUCGUUCCAUCUGUGAAAAAAAAUUGAAAUCCGACUUAAAAAUAUAAGUCAAAUAAGAAAAUACAAAGAAAAUAAAAAUAUCUUAAUUCU